AUGGAUGGCACAGUGGGUAAUGUGAUGCAUACGCCGUCGGUUUCUGAUCAGAAGAAGAAAAAGCAACACAACAUCAUGGAUCAGAAGAUGAACGAGUUUGAGUUCCGCCGACAAGCUGUCACGUCGAAGCUGCAGCGAAUACAGCUGGUACUUGACAAGCCAGAGGAAAUCACAGUUCAUCACUUGGACACCUAUCUGCGACGAGUGGAUGCCUGCUAUGAUGAGUUCAACAUCCUACAGAACGAGAUUUAUGCUACGUUUCCUGAUCAACGAGUUCAGCAGGAGAAACAAUUCAUAGAAUUCGAGCAGCUCUAUGAAGGUAUUCGAGUGGCGAUUUGCUCUGCUGUGGAGGCAUAUCGAAUGCAACAAGUUGCUGCUGUUCGACCCCGGUUGGCCGAUGCCGCGGUUGCCGGCGAACAACAACCAGUGAUUGUUAAUCAACCGGCCGGACUACCAGCUGUCCCUCUACCAACCUUCGAUGGGACAUACGAAAGGUGGUUCAGAUUCAAACAGCUCUUCCAGGAUUUGAUGCAAAAACAUCCCGGAUUGUCUGACGCAACCAAAUUGCAUUACUUGACGCAGUCACUGAAGGGAAAGGCGGAGAACGUAAUCAGUGAGCAGAUACUGAAUGAAAACAAUUUCCAAGCAGCCUGGAACUUGUUAGAAGAGAGGUUCGAGAAUAAAAGGACGAUCAUCGAUAUUCACGUUGGUGGUCUUCUCAACCUAAAGAAGAUGAAUAAGGAGUGUUCAUCAGACUUGAGGCAGCUUGUAGAGGAGUGCAGUCGUCACGUUGAGGCCUUGGAAUUCCACGAUCAACAUAUGGAGGGUAUGUCCGAGCAGCUGGUGGUUUCACUGUUGACGUCCAAGCUUGACAAGGCCACGUUGAGCCUCUGGGAAAGCACCAUCACACCAAAAGAACUGCCAGACUACACGGACACCAUGCAAUUUCUGCGCAACCGUUGCUUUGUGCUUGAACGCUGCGAGGCAGAUACACAUCUGUUCUGUGAAAUGACGCUACCCGAGAGAAUUGCGAUGGUCAAAGAGAAGCAACUUUGUUUCAACUGCCUAAAGCGAGGCCACAGAGUAGGCCAGUGCAAGUCCAGGGUCUGUACGGUAGCUGGUUGCGGAAGAAAACACCAUACGCAGCUGCAUAGUGAGGUUCCAGUGCCGGCGGAGAAGGCUGCUGAAGGAAGUGUUCCGGAGACGAAGAAGGAACCGCCCACCCAACCCGAACAAACAACGUCAGCUGUCACCUGCACCAGUUUCACCGGAAAAUCUGUACAACCGAACAAAAACGAAGUGAUUCUGUCGACGGCCGUAGUGCAAAGAACUGCAGCCGAAGUUAAAUCAUCCUGCAACGAGUCGUCGUGGAGUCUGGAGUUCCUGAUAGUGCCACAGGUUACUGGCGUUCUUCCGUUGCAGAAACCUUGCCCGACCUGA